AUGUCUGUUGUUAAAGCUGUUGAGCCACCACAACCACAUCCUUUGGAUAUGAACAUGGAUGACAUGUUUGAGAUGAUGAAAACUCAACUUCAUCAAUCAGGUGUACCUGAAAUUUUACAUGCAGCAAUAUUUAGAAAAGUUAAUCAAGAAAUUUUUGAUGCUGGAGAUUUUUUUGAAGUUACUAUGAUGGUUGAUGAUAAUGAGGAACCUAUAAAAAAGCAAACUUUUGCUACUAAAGAUAUUGGUUGUAAUGAUACUGAAAGUGUUUGGUUAAUUGACCAUGCUUGGACAUUUCUUCCAAAUACUGCUAUUGAAAGUUUAAAAAAAAUACCACAAUUGUUAGGUCGUCUUAUGACUAUGUUUCUUCUUCAUUCACAGGAUAAAGAAAAUGGAACUGAAAGAUUAGUUAAGACUGUUUAUAAGGAAUUAUUUAAGUAUGCACAGACAUACUCUAUUACUGAUCCAUCAAAACCAAUGGGUGAUAAUACUAUCAAUUAUUGGUAUGUUGUUGAUGAAUUUGGUGUUUCAAUUGGGCAUUCAGAUAUGCCAAAUUGUCGUAUGGUACCAUUUUUUGUGCCAACUAAAGGAUAUACUUUGUCAAUUUUAUUCCUCACUGAAGAUAUUAAAAAAGGACAAGAGUUAACACGUGAUUUUGUAGAUGUUGGCUUAGCAAAAAAACAUCCUAAAUGGAGAGAUAUUUUAUUAACUGUAUGGGAUGAGGACAGGCAUAUUGAUGAAAAAUUAUUUGAAAAAAAUGAGAUAACUGAUGAAUAUUUUACAUUAGGACGAAUUCCUGAUCAUAUACCAAGUGAUGAAGUCCAAGCUAAAUGUAAACCAUUUAUUUAUAAUAAGGAUAAACCAAUAAGACUUUAUGACAAUGACCAACAAUUAUUUUCAAAUCUUAAAGAUAUUAAGGUUGAAUUUGUUGAUAAUAUAUAUGAAGCUGAUGUCAUAUGGUUACGCCAUCAUUUUUCUGAAUUUAAAGAUUUAGCUGAAAAAAAUUCUACUGCACUUGUAAAUCAAUUUCCUUAUGAGUCUUCAUUGACUGUAAAAGAUUUAUUUGCUGCUAAUGUAGAGCUUGUUUUUAAUGAUACUGAAUUUGAUUCAGUUAAAAUGGUAAAACCACCACUUUGGUUACCAAUAACUUAUAAUCUUAAUACUGAACUUCCUCAGUUUUAUAAGUAUUUUAAAGAACGUGAAAAAAAGAAUCUUAAUAAUACUUUUAUCAUUAAACCUUGGAAUAUGGCUAGAACAUUAAAUAUGACUAUCUCUGAUGAUAUGUCUUUUAUCAUUAGACAAGUAGAAACAGGACCAAAAAUAGCUUGUAAAUAUAUUGAGGAUCCAGUUUUAUUUACACGUCCUGAUACAAAGAAAAAUGUAAAAUUUGACUUACGUUUUAUUGUAUAUGUAACUUCUCUUUCUCCAGUCACAUGUUAUAUGUACAAUAAAUUUUGGCCCAGAUUUGCCGUCAAUGAAUAUAGUUUGGAUAAUCUUGAAGAUUCAUUGGCUCAUUUUACUGUACAUAAUUAUACAGACAAAUCUUUGAUCCUCAAUAUGUUUUCUGAUGAUUUUAUUCAAGAAUUUGAAAAAACAUACCCAAAUCAACAAUGGAAGAAUGUUGAAAAACAAAUUUAUGAAGUAGUAAAACAAGUUAUUACUACUUCUUCAAUUUUACCCUCUCCUAGGGGUGUUUCACCAAAUGCCCAAAGUAGAGGAAUGUAUGGUAUUGAUGUUAUGCUUGGAUGGAAAGAUUCAUCACAUAAAGAAAUACAAGUAUACUUUCUUGAAUGUAAUUUUAUUCCUGAUUGUAAAAGAGCCUGUGACUUUUAUCCUGACUUUGCUGAUACAACAUUUAGAACAUUAUUUUUAAAUGAAAUUGAUUCAGAAAAAGUUACUAAAAUUUAA